AUGGACUUUGCACGGGUGCUUAACUCUGAGAUCGCUCGCAAGAAACGUGCUCUUCAGGACGAGCAGACGUCAAAAAAGGCCAAGACGGUGUCUAGCUCGCAGGAAAUACGAGACCUGCCGAAACCUCCUGAAGAUUCCAGCCAGACCGUCAAGGAGACGGACCCAGGCACCACACAACGUGAAAGUUCUGGCCUCGAAGCGCAGAGGAUCGACGCACAACAAGAGAGGCCAGUCGAGAACAAAAACUCCGGGAAAAAGUCCGACAGGCCAAUAAAUGGACCUCAGCCAGAACCAGGCUCGUAUAUCAUUAAAAAAACCGAUAUCAGAGACAAUCACGCCUUAGUGUCUCAACAAUGCCGCGACUACAUUAAGCAUCUGCUCAACGUCUGGGAGUCGAAAAAGGAUCAACACAGGAACGUCGAUCUGUUCGAAACCAAGAAAUGGCUGCUUCCCUUGCUUGUGCAGCUGAAGAAAAAAACUCUGCCUCAGGAUCAGCUGGUGAGCCUAGCCACAAUACUUUACAAUAUCCAACGCGAAAAAUUAACAGACGCGAAUGAAGCUUACCUACAGCUCAGCAUAGGGAAUGUGGCGUGGCCGAUAGGACUGAUUGAUAUAGGAAUUCGCGUUCGAACAAACAACAUGAAGAUCGGUGAAGGCUCGAACACAAGCAACAUCAUGAAAGACGAACGUACUCGGCAAUGGAUUCUAGCCGUUAAGAGACUGCUUACAUUCUGUGAGCUGCACAAUGUUGUCUCAAACGAUUAG